AUGGCGGAAGUGGGAUGGGAGGAUAUCCAGGUAUCGGCUAAUCAAGAAUUUGACGCUAUAAAGAUUGGCCAGAGGCUCUCUUGCAUGCUAUCAUAUAUAUUCAUUGUUCUCACUCGGAAUGAAGAAGGAGCAGUUCUACCGAGGUUGGUCAAUUUGGGUUUUCAAGUAAAGGGGUUGUUGUCUGAAAAUGUUACCUCCAAUAUACUGCUGUACAAAUUCAUCAAUGUUGUGAAGAUCAUUUACAAAGAAUUCAAGGAUAUGAAAGAGCAAGAAACUCUAAAUCAAGAAGCUUUACAGCAGGAAGAAUUGGAAGAAUUUGAGGAAUUGGAGAAUGAACAAAUCACAGAAAGGUUUGUCAGCUUUUUUAACCAGCUCGAAGCUGUCUCAGGGCAAGAAAACAACGAUAUGGUUGUUUCUGCCAGGAUGAUACGACUCUACAAGCUUGCCUGUUCGGAAAUUGAAGAAGGUAUAAAAGAAAGUCCUAUGAAGAACACCUUUUCAACUACCACAAUAGUAGAUGCAAUAAGUAAGGUGCUUGAUGGAUUCUUCCAUCUCACACUGCGGCUUGAGGCGCUGGUGAGCUCUCCCCUAUUGUUGGUAUCGAAAACUAUCCAUCAUCAUGUGUCUUCUUUGGAAGUUUUUCUCGACAUAUGUGAAAAGGAUGUCUUGAGUUUGGUAGGACUCGACGUGGAACUCCACAUAGAAGAUGAAUGGAGAGAAUGA